GUUUCCUUCGCACAAGAAGCACGUAUAGCAGUAUAGCUUUUAAUUCCUGGCUAAAAAGGAGAACAUCUUCGAAUGUCUAUUAUAAAAACAGCCAAGGGAUUCAAGAAUGAGUUUCUUAUCAAACUCGAUGCCCGAGGGAAUCCUUCAUUUGGACUUGAGAAUUGGGAUGAGGUGCUCCUUGGUGAGCUCAGGCAAAUUCUAAUUUCGCAUGGAGAUGCGAUCAACUCCAUCCAAGUGGCAUACAAUAUAAGAGGAUCAUUGUUUCUUUCUCAUAGGCAUGGAGGAGGUGGAGAUAAAUUUGAUUGUGUUAAUCUAGAGUCAUGGGAGAAUCUUACCAUGGUGAAGGGAUACUAUGGGCCCCUGAGAGGGCACAAUGCAAGUGUUGUAAGAUCACUCACUUUUGGCACCAAUGGAGCCGCAUAUGGACCCUUUGGCAUGGAGGAGGGAACACUCUUUUGUUUCAAUAUUCCACCUGGUGUUAGUUUUGGGGGAUUCCAUGGGCGUUCUGAUAGCGGUUAUCUUCGCGCAAUUGGCAUAUACGUCGAGCCCAUGGCUCAGUAUCAUCUCGACCCAAAACCUUUGGCAGCCGAUUUUUCGCGCCAUGGUUAUGCACCGGAUUAGAAAGCCAUUGCGUUUGGCUCAUCUUUCUCUCAUGUCUCCCCUUCCCUCCUUGUUUCGACUAAUGCAUGCAGACAAGUCUUGAUGUAAACUUCCUGAAGUUGGUUAAUUGCAUCCAUGAUGAUAGAUUGAUGGAUAUAAAUUUCUUUUUUGAUGUAAUUAUUUUAGGAAUUUCACUUUGAAAAAGCACUCACAAUUGAUAUGGCACUUGCUUUU